AUGUCACUAUCCAGAGUAGCGAGAGAUGCUAAUGGAGUGCUCUACGAGACACUGCUCUCAGCUGCAAAGAGAGAGACAGAGGACUUUUCAUCACAAGACAACUGCGUGACUUGCUCUGACGUGCCUACGUGCCCUACAUGUAAAUCCAACGAAAAAUGUGUCCUAACGGCUAGGACGUGUAGCACCUGUCCUGAGAUGUCCUGUGUACAUGAUGAAAACUCCGGUUCAUCUUCGAGCCUCAGCUCUGCUGCCACGGGUGGUAUCUCAGCUGGUGCCGUAGUGGGUGCUCUGGUUAUAUUUUCUCUGAUGGGAUUUUUGUAUUUUAGAUACGUUUACAAGCCCAAGAAGAUGCGCCAACAGGAUGAGGAAGCUAACAAUGUGAAAGAUAUGACAGAUGACAAAUCCACGCUGUCAAAUACUCAAAAGUCAGGGGAUAUUGACUUGGAAAGACGAAAUUCUUCACUGACGCUCUCUACUAUGGCUAAUACCAUAUUGACAAAGACAUCCAAUAUAAUCCCAAUAGCGUAUAUUCCUGGUGUUAUGGUCUCCAACAGUGGCAGGUCCAACUCAACUUAUUCUAAAAGUAUAUUGUCAGACGACAACUUUUCAUCCUUCCAUGAGGAUGCCUCUAUCCAUAACGAGAAGAGAAAUGAUAGUAACACAACAACAGCUAUAAGAGCCGUACCAAGACUAGUGAAUAUAGCCGAGGAAGAUGAUUCCAGCUCUAUUGUUGAACUACAGUCCAUACGUCUCGCCCCUAUUCAUCGGCCUUCCAUGCCUGUCGCACGCCUGAAUAUGGAUGAUGAAUUACAAAAGACCACAACGGGUGGAAAUUCAAGCGAUGCCCAAACCUUUGGUGAUGAUGAGUCUACGGAUCUCGCUUCUUCAGAUGAGGAUUUAGACUAUGAGGAUAUACAAAGAGAGCAUGAGAAACGUCAAAAGGCUAAGAUCGAGAAAGAGCUUGGAUCGAGUAAAUCCAAUUCUGGAACAACUUCCUUCAAAACUCUGUUAGACUCUUCACAACCAGGAACACUUGGAAGCGCUGCUGUUACAAAUACUUUGCAAACUGGAAGGAGGGUAGAGCCAAAGGAACUCGAUGGUGCGGAUGACAAUACCAAAGCUGACGACCCCUUAGACAACUCAGAUGUGGAAAUUUUUCUCGAUGUGGAUAUUGAACCUAUGAAUAAGAACUCCUUUGAAGAAUCUGAAUCUGGUUCAGUAUCCCCAUUUGAUGAUAAAUAUGGACUUAAUUAA